AUGUACCACCAGCUGACGGAUCAAACGGUGAAUGGCAGCUGUCAGGGACCCACCUCAGCGUGCAAUAAGAGUGCAGAUGGAGACGCGCUCGAGCUUCCCACUUUCUCCACAGCAGCUAAAGUCAGAGUUAUCAUCACCUUUGCUCUGUGCGCGGUGUCGGCUGUGUGCAACUUGGCCGUGCUGUGGGCCGCCAGCAGCGGCGGCAGGCGCAAGUCACACGUCCGGAUCCUCAUCAUGAACCUCACGGUGGCCGACCUGCUGGUGACUUUCAUCGUGAUGCCGGUGGACGCGGUGUGGAACAUCACGGUGCAGUGGCAGGCGGGGGACGUCGCCUGCAGGCUGCUGAUGUUCAUGAAGCUGGUGGCGAUGUACUCCUGCGCUUUUGUGACAGUGGUCAUUAGUUUGGAUAGACAGUCCGCCAUCCUCAAUCCGCUGGGAAUCAGUGAGGCCAAAAGGAAGAGCAAAGUCAUGUUGGCUGUGGCCUGGACCAUGAGUGUCAUCCUUUCACUCCCUCAGAUGUUUAUAUUUCGCAAUGUGACCAUCACGGUGCCAGAGAAGUUCACCCAGUGCACCACCCAUGGCAGUUUUGUCCAACGCUGGCAGGAGACCCUUUACAACAUGUUCACGUUUGUGUGCCUCUUCCUUCUACCUUUGGCCAUCAUGAUCUUCUGCUACACACGAAUCCUCAUUGAGAUAUCCAGCCGCAUGGCUCGGAAUAACUUCCUGUCAAGAGACGUUCAUCUACGCCGAUCCCACAAUAACAUCCCUAAAGCUCGGAUGAGAACACUUAAAAUGAGUAUUGUCAUUGUGACUUCAUUCAUCAUCUGCUGGACCCCGUACUAUCUGCUUGGAUUGUGGUAUUGGUUGUUCCCUGAAAAAAUGGAAAAGACAGUUUCGCAUUCACUGACUCAUAUGCUGUUUAUUUUUGGCCUUUUCAAUGCCUGUCUAGAUCCCAUCACCUACGGUCUGUUUACCAUUCAUUUUCACAAGGGUAUGAGGAGAUGCCGUCAAAGUUCAAACGCACGGACUGAAUUAGAAAACAACACUCGCCUUGUACAAAUGAUUCGGCUGUCCUCUCGCAGGCAGAUUGCCUCAGAUGUUCACAGUGCAAGCACAGAGGUGGUAAGCGAAAGCAACAUCAUGAAGCAUGUCUCAAACCCAGACAUGUCGAUCAGCAAGAUAUGAUGGCUUAAAUAAUUCCAUAAAUGAAUGUGUUUCUCUCAAUGAAAUCUUUUUGUGUUAUAAAUCUGUUCAUGUUCCGAUAUAAUUGAUGUUGUAUCAUAGCUUACCUUGAGUUCAAUAAUCCUGUGGUUUCUCACAAUUAAUACAUUGAAGGCCUCUUAUAUGAUCUGAAAGAGCACUGCCACAUUUGCUGAGGGUGACUUAGUACAGACAGAUUGUAUUAAAUGUGAGCCUAUGCAGCAUGUUGUUGAUACUGACUGCAUGUCCAAAAUCAGUUCUGUGUUUAAUGUGCUGCACCAAAAUCUGACUCGACUGAAGGCUCUAAAAAACAUCUUUGAGGAGAGCCAUUUGGAUAUUUCACAUUAGUAUUAGUGUAAUCUGUGUUGCUUUCUGUGACUGAGGCUAAAGAAA